AUGAAUAGCAAUCUAACAUGGGAUUUCAGUUUGAAUUCUACAGUAGAAGGUCGAACAAAUUUCUUUGCAGUCCUUCUCCAUGAAGUUGGUCACGCUUUAGGUCUAGCACACAGUAGCGAUAAGAAAGCUGUAAUGUAUCCGUUUUAUGAAACCUUUCCUACCCACAUAACUGAUGAUGAUAAAAGGGGAUUAGAAAAGUUAUAUGGACCUAAAAGUAAAUCUGCAUCUAUUCCAACUCAACCUGGUGUUACUAGGAGUAGUUCACCAACUACAACAGAAAGAUCUAGGAGUACGACAACCACAGCAGCUAGGACUAAUAAAUCUAAGCAAAAUGUAAUAACGAAUGUAUGUGAAUUGGAAUAUCCAGAUUUAAUAUUUUUAGCGUAUGCUCCAUCAUUUCCAACAUAUCGAAUGUAUAUAGUAAGUAAGGAUCUGGUAUGGAAAUAUGACUUAAAUAAUGAAAAGAUACCCACCAAUGCUGAACAAUUUAUAAGAUACUUUCCAAGGGGAAUUACGAACGUAACACAUGUUUUUCAAAGUUCCAAUGGAGAUAUGAUUGGUGUAAGCAGAAAUCGUAUAUACGCAGCAGCAUUUCCUAGCUUAAGAAUUCAUACAGAUAACAUGGUACCUGAAAUCAAUAACGCAAGAAGUAUUAACGGUUUAUUCCAAACAAAUUCAGGAAAAAAAUUUGUUUGUUUUGAUGGCUCAUUUAUUGAAUUUAAUGAUAAAGACAUUAUCUCAAGAGGACGCAUAAGUGACGUUUUUCCAGGAAUACCAAAUGAUAUUACAUCAGCAUUUAAUUACAUCGAUGGACAUAUAUAUUUCUUAAAGCACAACAUCUAUUACAAGUUUAAUGAAUUUACAAGAAGUGUCAUUGAAAAAGGUACUUUUAAUUGGAAUAUGUUGGGGAUCCCUUGUCCUGAUAAUGGAUUAAUAAAACAACUGAAAUCCCUAUUAUCUAAAGUAAAUUUAUUUUAUGAAUAA